AUGUUUGAAAAUCUUGUGGAAAUGUUGCAUUUUUAUGCAUGUGUAACUCGGCGGAGUCUCUGUGUAAUUCGAAAUAUUUAUGAUGGUAAUAGUGGUGGUUGGCUUUUUGAAAUUACAAAAAAAUUCACAGAAUCAUUAUUGAAAUAUCCAAAUUUGACCAUUAUUCGUUGUGGUAGUUUUGAAGAAGAAUUAUGUAUUCCAUUAGUGAUUAUAGGAAAUAACAGAGAAUCAACUCUAACUGUGGAUGCAGAUCAUCUAAUUGUUGAUAAGAACUAUUUAGUCGUUAGGAAUAUGAAGGAUAUUUUUCAAAACAAUCAACAAGUUUUAACGUUUAAACCGGCUGCUCAUGAUGGUUCUGAUCAAGUAUUUGCAUUAGAAUGCAAAGCUUGGCCGGAGAGUGCACAAAAUUGGAUAGAACGAAUAAGUAAAAAUGGUUGGCCAUCAUAUGCUUUGAAAGAGAAAAUAAAAGCUAAUGGUUGUCAUUUAGUUCCAACUGGAUAUGAUGAAGAUGAAUGGAGAAUAUCAUUUACAUGUGCCGAAUUAGAAUUAUUAAAUACAAUUAGUAAGAAACAUAAAAUGACAUAUGGUUUACUAAAAUUUUUAAUUAAAUAUCUAUGUUGUAUAAAUGAUAUAACAGUAUUCAAAUCAUAUCAAUUAAAAACAUUAUUUUUACGAUACUGUGAAGGUAUGGAUAAUGAAAAAGAAACUUGCUUGACGACCACGAAAGACUCUAUAUUAGACUUACUAAAAUUUGCCAUCCCGUUCUACGAAAAAAAAAACAAUUCCAAACUAUUUUAUACCAACAUGUAAUAUUUUACACGAAAAAUCUCAUUCUGAAUUAGAUUCACUUUGUAGUGUACUAAAAAGUUUAUCCAACAAGAUUGAUUACAUACUUUGUCAAUAUCUAGAAGAAACCUAUUAUUUCUUGAUUAUAUUUGACAUCGGUCUAAUUGAAUUUGGGAUCAUCCAUCUAGGACGCCCAGAUAAAAAGCGAAACUUUUUCACUCUAACCGUUGUUUGGCUGAUCCCUUCGGGGACAUUCAUUUUCCCAAAAAUAACUUAUUCCAAGUAUAUAUGUUUAAUAUUUUUGCUUGUUAACCGUUAGCGUCUAGCAAAUAUUUAAUACACCAUUUUAAGAAAAUCACAUUGUUAACAGGAGCGAGUUUUUGAAUCUUUGGUCACCCACUGAAAAAAAAUUUACAAAUACGCAGGAAUCUUCAAAAAUCCUGUGAAUGUUAGAUAUAUCCUGCAAGUUUUCGCAUCAUGUUACCUUGCCGAAAAUUUUUCUGCAAGUUGGUGAGCAUAAUCGUGCAGGUUUCUUUAAUACGUUCACCUUUUGAAUUUCUUUUCUGCAGGAUCUUGAAGGAUUCUUUCUAGGCACACCAUGCAAGAACUUUUACAUGCGUUCCUCGGAUAUAUUUCGCAGAUUCUUCCUUUUGCAUAUCCUGCAGAAUUUUUCUUCCCUGUCAUCAUUUGUAACACAAAAGAUAUCUCACUACACAAACCCUGCAGGGUCUGUACGAUUUUAUCCUGGAGAAAAGAAAGGGUGUCUGCCAGGAAAAAUUAUUACAGGGCAGUACGCAAGUAUUUUUUCUACGAGACCUGGCAAGAUUUUAUCUCCUGUAUCUAUCCUGAGGCAUCCUGGAAUCGUUUCUCACCAAUGUCUGUACAGGGUGACCGUGGAGAAACUUGUCUGUAUUUUUUUUUUUGGAAAGUUAAGAACUUUUGCAAUUUUUUUUGUAAAAUUAUAAAAGCUUUUCUCGUAUUCAGUAAACUUCUGGAAAACGUAUUCCUUAAUACACUAACUUCACACACACACACACACACACUCAGCCUCAAAUAAUAUUUCUUCUCGAGAUAUUUAUGCAACUGAACUUUUUUCUGAAUAGUUAGGCUUGUAGAGCAGACUUUUCCAACCAAAAUAAGACGUCGUACAACUCUGUACGAGGUUGCAUCAAAAAGUAUAUAUCAACCAUUGUAGAUUACAGCGUUUCGUACUUCCAAGAUAUCUCAGUCAUUUUUCAAGCUAGAGUUUUCGAGUUGGUUUCAAAAAAUAGAGAACUGUUUUUCUAUGUCGUGAUGUCGUUUGUUUUUUAAAAUUAAAUUUUUUUUAUGAGAAAUUUAAAAGAUUUCCGAAAAGUCAAUAAAAU